GCGCGGCAGGGCGGGGCCCGCGGGUGACACGUCGGACGGCGGCGCCGCCAGCGGCAGCCGGCCCCGGCCCCGGUCGCGGUCCCGUCCCGGCCAUGCGGCUGUCGCUGGUGCUGUCGGUGCUGCGGCCCGCCGGGCCCGUCGCCAUCGGCGUCUCGCUGGGCUUCACCCUCAGCCUGCUCAGCGUCACUUGGGUGGAGGAGCCCUGCGGGCCGCCGCCGCGCCCCGCCACCCGCCCGCACCCCGACGGCGGCCCCGCGCCGCCCCCCGGCCCCGCCAACGGCAACGCGGCGCGCAGGCCCAACGCCGUGCCCGCCGCGCUGGGCGCUGACAACUGGGAGCCCCGCGUCGUGCCCUACCGCCCGCCCAGCCCCGGCAGGGCCGCCAAGAAGGCCGUCAGGACCCGGUACAUUAGCACGGAGCUGGGGAUGCGGCAGCGGCUCUUCGUGGGUGUGCUGACCUCCAAGAGCACGCUGAACACGCUGGGGGUGGCUGUCAACCGCACGCUGGCCCACCGCCUGGAGCGCCUGGUGUACUUCACGGGCACGCGGGGCCGCAAGGUGCCCCAUGGCAUGACGGUGGUGACGCACAGUGACGAGCGGCCCAUCUGGAACAUGUACCAGACCGUCAGGUACCUUCUGGACCACUACGUGAACGAUUUCGACUGGUUCUUCCUGGUGCAGGACGAUACCUACACGGAGGCGCACCGCAUCAGCCGCCUGGUUGCCCACCUCAGCAUUGACACCCACCUCUACCUGGGUCGUCCUGAGGAGUUCAUUGGUGGGGACACCGAGGGUCGUUAUUGCUACGGAGGGUUUGGCUACUUGCUGUCCCGCAGCCUCCUCCUGCUCCUGCAGCAGCACCUGGAGAGCUGCCGCAAUGACAUCCUCAGUGCCCGGCCUGAUGAGUGGCUGGGCCGCUGCAUCAUUGACUACACAGGUGUCAACUGUGCUGAGGAACAUGAGGGUCUGCAUUACCACUAUUUUGAGCUGGGGAAGAACGCAGACCCCGAACGGGAGACUGACCUCCGUUUCCAGAGCGCCUUCACUGUCCACCCUGUGCUGGAUCCCCUCCAGAUGUACCGGCUGCACAAGUACUUUGCACAGGUGGAGCUUGAGAGAACCUAUCAGGAGAUCCAGCAGCUCCAGAUGGAGAUCCAGAACUCCAGCAGCCUGGCUGCAGACGGGGACCACAUUGCCACAUGGCCCGUUGGCAUCCCGCCCCCAUUCCAGCCCAAAACUCGCUUUGAGGUGCUGCGCUGGGACUACUUCACAGAGGAGCAGGUCUACGCCUGUGUGGAUGGCUCCCCCAAGUGUGAGCUGCAUGGUGCGGAUCUGGCGGACGUGGCCGACGUGGUGGCCACGGCCAUGGAGGAGCUGAACCGCAAGUACCAGCCGGUGCUCCACAUCCGCAAGCAGCAGCUGCUGAACGGCUACCGGCGCUUCGACCCCACGCGGGGCAUGGAGUACACGCUGGACCUCCAGGUGGAGGUGGUCACCCAGAAGGGACACAGCCGCUCCGUCACCAAGCGAGUGCACCUGGUGCGGCCCCUCAGCGAGGUGGAGAUCAUCCCCAUGCCCUACGUGACAGAGGCCAGUCGCAUCAAUGUCAUCCUGCCGCUGACGGCCCAUGACCGGGACUACGCCGCGCGCUUUCUGGAGGCUUAUGCGGCAGCCGCUUUUGAGAGCAGUGAGAAUGCAGUGCUCACCUUCCUCUUCAUCUACGACCCCUUUGAGGCCCAGCAGGUCACCCAGAAUGAUAUCUUUGCCUCUGUGAAGUCCCAGAUCACCGAGUAUGAGCGCAAGUAUGCAGAGGUAAAGAUCCCCUGGAUCAGCGUUAAGACAGAUGCGCCCUCCCAAAUCAAGGUCAUGGACAUUAUCUCCAAGAAGCAUCCUGUGGACACACUUUUCUUUGUGGCUGGCGUGGGGACAGAGGUCACCAUUGACUUCCUUAACCGCUGCCGGAUGAACACCAUAAACAACUGGCAGGUUUUCUUCCCCAUCCACUUCCAGGGCUACAACCCAGCCAUUGCUUACCACAACCAGGUGCCACCCACCACACUGGACCUGCUGAGGGACAUGGGGCGCUUUGACCGUGACGUCUUCCAUGAAGCCUGCUUCUACAACGCUGACUACAUGGCAGCACGCACCCGCAUGGCGGGGGACGUGCAGGAGAAUGAGGACAUCCUGGAGACCCUGGACAUCUACGACAUGUUCAUCAAGUACUCCAACCUCCACGUCUUCCGGGCUGUGGAGCCUGCCCUGCUGCAGCGCUACCGGCACCAGGCCUGCAACCCGCGGCUCAGCGAGGACAUCUACCACCGCUGCGUGCAGAGCAGCCUGGAGGGCGUAGGCUCUCGCUCCCAGCUGGCCAUGGUCCUUUUUGAGCAGGAGCAGGGGAACAGCACCUGAACCCUGGAUGGUGGAGGGGCUGACCCUGCCGUGUUAUGCCUGCCUACCCACUCCACUUCUUCUGCCCUAAUCUGUCUUCCUUCUGCAGCGGCUGCAGAGAUUGCUGGUGUCCAAGCUCGUGACUUGCCCCACUGGGGCUCCCCAGGCCGGGGUCUGCCAGCCCCGGGUGCCUGGGUCUUUCUCAAGUAGCCAUGGCUGUGCAGACCCCGGGCGAGAUGGGGUCAGAGUCACUGAGCUGCAGGCUGGAACACCUGGCUCCUCAUUCAGAGCUGGUGGCUGCUGGCCCCAUCUGUCUGUCCUGGCCCUGCUGCUGAGCACGGGGGAGGUGGGCUACUGUGUCUCUUGCUGUCCCCCUUAACUGGGGGAAUGUAGAGCCCAAAGUCCCCCUUCUGCAGGGCCGUGACUGCCACAGGGCCUGGAGUGAUCCCUCAUAGUUCUCCCCAUGUCCUGGGACAGGAAUGUGCUCCUUGCUCCUUUGGAGCAUUGGCCUGGUUGCACAGGGAGGAUCAUGUCCCUGUGCCUGCCACAAGCUUGGACAGUGGAAUGGGGCACAUCCCAUCCCAAAAGAGCAAUAAGGAUGUUGGUUUUGGGGUUUUGCCACUUGGCAAUGAGCUGGAGUGCUCCUGGCUGGCUGGGGUGUGAGGAACUUGGGCCCCUGAGGCCGGUGGGUGUAGGGGGUGCCAGAGGGGGAUCCUGCUGAUUUCAUGUACCGUGAGCUGCUCCCCAUGGGAACCAUGACCCAGGCCGCUUUGGCCUUCGCAGUAUUGAUAGGACGUCGGAGGUCACAGCCCUCAGACGAGAGCCUCCUGACAGAGGUGGGAUCCCUCCCCGCUGAGGGGCUGCCCUCAGGGUCCAGGGACAUUGUGCCUGACACUGAUGGGCAUGGCAGAGGGUUUGGCUGUGCAUCUCCUAAGGAGAAAGCGACUGAGGAGCCGCUCACUGCUCCUGGUUUGUAUUUAAUAGGGGGGAAAGGAGGGGGGAUGGAGUGCAUUUACACUAAUAAAAUGGAGAGAUGUACUGGUGGGUCUGGCUGAUUCUCUCAUGAGGCAACUAUGGGUGUUCUGCUGGGUGUCUUUGUGGUCGUAGGUGCUGGCUGCUUGUUCUAUCUGCAGCUGGCUGGACAUAUUCCUUACAGAGAUGCUUCUUUCCCCAAGCACCUGCAACAUUCUUUACCUGAGCAGGGAGAUGCCUGCUUCUUAAGGAGGCUGUGGGAGCCCAUUGCCUUACGGACAGGCUGGCAGAUGUGCCAAGCAGACACUUGGGAAUACCUGCUUGAACCCCUGAAACUUGCAGCAGGAAUUCUGCACUUCUGAUGCUCUGUGGGGCUGUCCUGCUGUAGCUGCCUGUUGCCGUCACUGGUGGUGUGGGAGGAUGCUGAGCCCCUUGACGUGGGAAGUCUGGUGCAACGUGCUGACUGCCCUGUCUUUCCUGUUGCUGUAAACUUGUGGUCCCACUGACCAGUCCUCCUCAGCCCUGUCUGUGGGUGGAAAAGCACCAGUAAAGGGCUGGUGGAGCUGUGUGUCCUCCCAGGUCUGCUAUCUCUGUAACACCUUCCUGGUCUCUGUGAGUAAUGGGGGACUCCUGGCCCAUGUCAGAACAGACUCUGGCUGCUCAAGUGAGGUGAGCUCUGCCCUCCAGGAUCUGGGAUCAGCUCUGAAGGAAGCUCCCAGGCCAGAAACUGGAUCUGAGCCCUGUGUUGUGUCACUGGUGCUGGAUCUGCUCUCUCAGCAUUGCUCUCGCUCUUUUUUGAGCUGUUAUACAUCUCAGGGUUUCUCAGCACUUGUGUUUUCCAGUUCUUACUUGGGUAGAGCACUGUGGUCCUGUCCUGGACUGUUUCAUCACCUCCAACUUCUAUUUGCAUUAUGAGGUGUGGGGACUGUGUCCCCUGCCCGUGCUUCCUGCUCCAGGCAGGAUUUUCAUAACUCCAUGUGCCCUUCCCACCAGCCCUUUACUCAUCAUGUUUUACUGCUUCAGGAAGCACACGUAUCAAAGAGACACCCCCAAGAAAAUUAGCUGAACCUACUCACUGUUACUUAUCAAGGGUGCUGGUGCUCAGCAGAACUCUUGGAGGGCCCCUGGGCUGUGUGGUAUGCUUUUUCCAAGGAUACCUCAUUCAUCUCUUCCUGCUCCAGUCUCUGUAUCCAUGGUGUAGGAGUGUAUAUGUUUAAAUAUAAUUUUAUUACAUUUCAGACAGUAACUGUUAGCUUGUUCUGAGUAUUUCUAUUUUUGAUCUUCCCUGAGCACAUCCUUAAUUCCCUUCAAGUGGAAAUCUAGGGCAGAGGGAGCGAGGCAGAUGCAGGUGUAUUACAGAUACAUUUAUCCUUUGAAAAGUGGACCAAGUAGUGAGAUGUGAUUAGGCAUUAGAAGAGUAUCCAAAUGGUAAUAAAGCGGCUUCAAAUCAAGUUGUCUGUGAAAAGAAACCCAGAAUUGUCAUUUAAUUAUCAUGAGACUGUCAAGAUAAAGUUGCUGUUGCCUCACUGCUGUUUGCCCAGACUGAGUUAGAGGUAUUUGCAUACUUAAUGCUCUGCACUAUCGAUACCAGCAGAGGCUCCCCGCUCUGGCAUAUGUAUGAGCAAAUGACUGCUUGUGGCACUCCCAGCACAGUUACUGCUCCCUUUUCAAGGGAGCUCGCAGGGUUUGAAGCUGUUAGAGUGUUUGCCAGGCUAUCUGCAGUAUCAAAACAUGAUGAACCCCCAAAGAAGGAUGUGCAAAACUUUGGGAAGGGGGUUGGUGAUGCAAGGAAGAUGAGCACUGGCUGUGAAGUGAGCACUGGCUGUGCUCACGGGACACGGCAGAGACCAGUGACAGCAGGGGCAUGGGCACAGCUGCACUGCCCCUCUCCUGCCCUCAUAGGGCCAGCAGGUGCAGGCAGAGUGCAAGACCAGGACAGUGACACCUUUGAAAGGGUUGGGAGCAGCCCUGGGUGCUGGUGUGGGCAGAUGAGAAAACGGAGAUAUUCUGUGAUCCUCUUCAGGCUUGACCACUACUUUCAUACAAUGUGUGGAUUUUUGCACUUAACCAGUUGCAGAGGCAGGGCAGUGAAAGGUCAGUUUUACAAACAAGGCAGGACAAAACUUGUCUCCUGCAUUGUAGACUUCUGCUUCCCUUGCAGAAAUUUUCUAAGUGUUACUGGCUCACCACAGCAAUCAAGAGACAGAGCAACGUUCUCUUGGGAACUUUUUCAGAAGUGAGAGUGAAGAGGUGGUUCAGGGCACUCUGAAGCACAAGAGAGCAUGUCUGAAUUCACUGGGCUUGGCUGGGCACCUGCCUUCCCUCCUGCCUCCUCUCAUUUUUGCACUGUGGCAAGGAAAGAGACUCAAACUGGGGAAAACCCAAAGCUACUGUGUUUGCAUACACAGGGAAACAAACCACCUCCCCCUGUGGUUUGUUUCCCUGUGUAUGCAAACAAAACAGUGAGCCUGUGAGCAGGGAAGGCAAAACCUACUUCCCUAGCCCUGCGUGGGUCACUUCAGGCUGUGCUCAGCUCUGUGGCAAAGCUGCUUCAGCCCCAGCAAUAUUAAUCAGUUUGAUGGCUGACCUUUGGGAGGAUAUGGGAAUUGCAGCCGUGCCAUGAAAGGGCUGGAGGGCAAGGGGAAAUGCAGUGUCCUUUCUUCCCUGUGCUUUCUUUGGGAAGGGGCCAGGGGUGCCUGUCCUGCAGGAGCAGCUCUACCAACCAUGGGCCAGGACCCAAUUCCAGCAAACAGUUCCUCCUAAGUGAAGGCUGGUCUGCUUGAGGAGGAGUGGACAGGGAGGUACCAAGCUGUGCCUGCAUCCCGUGCCUUGGGUGUCCAAUGUACUGCUUAGCCCCUCUGGAGGGUGUGAGCAGCUUUGGUUAGGGGUUUUUCUGGCCAAGCUCAGGGAAAUCAGAGCAUUUCAAUGAAGAAGAAAAGCUGUAGGUGCAGGCAGAACUGCUCUCAGUGUGUGCCUGCCUGCAGGGGUUUUCUUCCAUGGUGUUGGCAUAUCUGGUUAUGCCCAGGGAUGUCCCCUAUGGGCCACACCACCCCAGCAUUGGCAGAAUGCAAGACCCCGAAGCUCUGGCACUGGAGGAAGAGGCAGGCAGCUUGCUUGGACUUUUAUUUUAAUUGCCUCCUUGGUUUUUCCAGCCUCUUUGCCCACUCUCAGGGACUGAGUGCUGGAAAGUGGGUGCUGUGUGUCCCUUGCCUGGCCUGACUGAUUGGCACCACCAGUCCAUUUUUCCAGGAAGGGGUCACGGGCAGAUGAUCCAAGAGCAAAGCAGUGAGCUUGGCAUUUGCAUGUCAUACAGACAUGCUGAGAGUCACUCCUUUCUCCAGGUGUUUCCUGUCACCAUCAGCAUCUCCAGGCGGGAGAUGCUUGGGGAGGAGGUGACAGCAGUGAGGCCACAUGUCCCAUUGCAUUUCAGGGCUUACUUCCAAACCCUCUGUUCCCAGGCUGGAUUUUUUUUUUUCCUUUGAAAUGCAGCUUUUCUAUGAGAACAGCUGUAAUUACUGUUUGUGGCAGUGGAGGCAUGUUGGAAAGUGCCCAGAGGAGAUGCCUGCCCCAUAGACAGAAGAGAUCCUUGCUGCCUGCUCCAUCGUGGUGCCUACUCCCUACUGCCACUCCUGCUGUGUCUUCUGGGGUUGUCACCUCUACGGUGAGAGAAGCCGUCGCCAGUACAGCCGGUCCUGCUGUGAUCAGGUACUUGGCAUUUGUCCAGAGCACAGUGCUCAUUAAAAUUAAGGGCCUGUUUCACUGUAGUGGAUCCCCUUCUAAUUAUGCCCCAGCUAUUUCAUGUGGUUCAUUACAGGUGUUUCAAGCAGUGCUGUGCUGGGUGAGCCCCAGGUGGCAGCAUCUCCAUCUCUGGGCAGGACUAAGCCCCUGGUGGCUCUUGAACAGGCACAGCAUGGCAGAGGGCACCCAGGAGCCAAAGCACUGGGGUUUGUUUGACCCUGGGGUGCUAAACCUGGGUUGUCCCACUGGCCCUCUUCAGCGCAGUGCCAUCUGUGCUUGGACAUGAGGCAUGUCAGAGGCUGGGGGUGGUGCUGGGUUCAUGUCAUCUGCCUGUCCUGUUUGGAGAAGUGGAAGUGACAGGAGCUGUCACUUCCAGAUAGCACCUGGAAGUUGUAAAAUUAAAGAAUAGAGGUGCUGAGAACAACAGAGAAGAAUACAUGUCAAAUCUUUGUUAGGUCAUCACUACAGGGCUCCUGGGAAUGCUCCUGAGGCUGCCUUGUUGGCAUAGGAGCCGGGAUGGGCCAUGCAUGGAGUUCAGCCUUUCCUUCUGCCAUGCUUCACUCCUGUGCAUGGUGCUGGAGGACAUCAUGAGGAAGGACAGGUGAGGAAGGACCU